ACUCAAGCGAGGAAAAUCGUCUCAGAUGCUUGAAUCUGAUUCCCUCAUUGUGAAGAUAAGAUGAACUCGAAGCACGCCGCGUUAUGGGAUGAGGUGCAGGGCUCCUGUGAACCCCCCAAGCUGCAAGCAGCACUCAGAGCUGAUGCAGAUCCAUCUGCACAACUAGACGGAUGGACUCCACUGCAUUUUCUGUGCGAGAAUCGCUCGGUGGAACCAACGGCGCGCGCUGAGGGACUGCGAUUGCUGCUCCAAGUGGGCUUCGACGCGAACACCGUAGAUGAGAACGGAUGGAGUGCGCUGCAUUUACUGUGCAAGAACAAGAGUGGCGGCGAUGGAGACCUCGUACCCAGUAUCCAGCAGCUUCUGGCAGCCAAGGCUAAUGUGAACCUGCAAACCUCUGACAACAAGAAGUCGGUGCUGCAUUUUCUUUGCGAGAACGAGGCGGUCUCGGAGGACGCACUGCAAACUCUACUUAAAGCCAAGCCGGAUGUGAACGCUGUGGAUGGGGACGGAAAUUCCCCACUGAAUUGUCUAGCUGAGAACCCCUACGUUACUGAGCGUAUGUUCAGCCUCAUGCUGGCGGCAAACGCGAACCUCAACAUUCAGAACCAUUUUCAAUCAACACCAGUUUACUACGUCUGCCAGAACAGGCGCGUGACGCAGCUCAUGAUCCGCGAGCUCUUGCAAUACAAAGCCAAUUUCAACAUCAAGAACAACAUUGGAAAUACCCCCGUCCACUACCUUUGUGAGAAUGACAUUGUGACGGUGGAGAUGUUGAAAGAACUCAUGACUAACAAGCACGUGAACGUCACUAUCACCAACUCGCUUGGAAAACAGGCAAGUGAUUACAUCCCGUCUCGAAAGCACGACUGUCUUGCGUUCCUUCAGAAGUUCACUGCGCCUAAUCUCGAUCGUACGGGCGGCAACUCAAGCGCAUCCACUGAAAUCGGUGGCGAGGAUCCGAGCGAAUUGCCAGAACCUUUGAAAAAGGCAUUGGCGGCUUGGAAUGCGUCACUGCCGUCAUUCGAUGCAGCUUUCUACAAUGCGAUUUCAUGCGAAGCGGCUUUUGAAUCCACCUACGACGAAGUCCAGGAGGUCUCAGGGCGUGCUUGUGAAGAUCCCGGCGAUGCAUUAAUCUUCGCCGCGUGGAAAAAGAGUCUGAGCAAGUGGCGAGCUUGCAUCAUGUUGGCGUACGCGGCGCUGGUACCGCCUAACGUUUGGCACCAAUACGCUGAGCAAUUCCAGCGUCCCGUGCCAUCUGAUCUGUCCAAAGUGCAGAGAAAAGUGGAGGCAGCAUGGAAGCAGUUUCCUGAACAGACCCAACGUCGCGGUCGCUUUGAAGCGCUGGCCGGUGUGUUUAACCCGUAAAAAUGGGUUGCAGGUCUUUGAAACGGGCCAAGGUCUCGUGAGGUAAAAUCAUUUUUUGCCUGUAUUCACGUCCUGCUUUUUUUUUUUGCUGCUAUUAGAACAUUUUUCAGAUGAAAACGAGUUUGUAGUCGCCGCAACCAACUUCGUCCUUGUACUUCUCAAACAUCUCGCGAAGCGCAGUGUAGUACUUGGCUUGGACUUUAUUGACGUCGUCUUGGGUGGAUUUUAUGAUAUGUGGCACCUCCAGAGGUUCUCCAACGACGAUAGGAAUGUGUACCUUGCGCGGAAUCGGCAAGAAUCCACGACCGUAGGGAAAGAAUGGGAAUGGAACCGCGAGGUUUUUGACGAACCAGCGUUGCAACUGAGGAGCCUGAAUGUUGUCCAGCAUCUCGCCUUCGUUGAAGCUGAGAACUGGGACCAAUGGCACUCCAUGCUCGAUGGCGAGGCGGAUGAAACCUUUGUGAUGUGUAUACACCCGAACCUCUUUCUGACCAGAUCGCUGCUCUAGCAUCUCUGCUUGACCGCCAGGUACCAGCAAUACACUCUCGUUGUGCUGGAGUGUAUAUGUGAAGGCUUGCCGGGUAACUUCUCGUGACCCCAAGAACUGAAGAAUAUCUCGAGCAAGCGGUAAUGCAUGCAUGAUACUAGCCGUCAAAAUGUGCGCGUAAAAGUUCGGGAACAGUUCUCGCCAUUCGGUGUUGAACUGGAGCCACAUAACUGAGGUCGGUGUGAUACCGUGCGGGUGAAAGCUUAACACAUAUUGCUUCUUGGGAUCGAGAGGGGCCAUGCGAAUGAUCUUUCCGCUGAAGUAUCGCUUGACGGUCUCAAUGAGGAAGCUGUGACCAGCAAUCCAGCUAAGCCGCUUUCUACAACCCGUUUGAUGCGGGUUUCCACGAUACGUGAACUCGUACAUAUAAGCUGCGAUGCUGAGAAGCAGCACGGGAACGAAAGCCUCCAUGUCGUAAAUGUAAUGCCGAUAGGUGGCAAUUGCAGGAAAACACGUAGUGACAAUCUGGGGAAGUAUAUACUUGACGUGGUAGCGACUAACCUCUGUUCGCAGGCCAUUGCGUGAAUCUCUGAUGUACAUGUGUGUCGCUAUCGAGCGCGACAUCAGCAUUGCGCCUUCAAUACUCCACGCCAUCAAGCCAUAGUAAAGCACGUCUGAACGAUUUAUAUUCGUUGUAAAAGCGAACAGUGCGAACAUGAAAAUGUUCGGGAUGAAAUAAAUGUUGGCUAGUACUGCGAUGACCAUGACUCCAAGGCAUUCAUCAGCGAAGUCAUGCAGUCGUUCAUAAAAGCUCGUAGUUUCGGGACGUUUAAGUGACAACAUAUUCUCAUCCGAUGUUCCAGAUAGGGUAGCAGUUGAUCCAGACUUCUGGAAUACUAGUAACGACAUCAUCAUGCCAAUCUCAGCCAAUACAAAAAGAGAUCCUGC